AUGAACACAUGUGCUUCUGCCAAGGUACCUAUGGGUUUCAGACAUAAAAUCUUUCCGGACACUUCAGGUGUUGCUAUUGAUGAAAAAAAGUACAGAGGAAUGAUUGGAUCACUACUCUAUCUAACAACAUGUCAUACAGGCAUCAUGUUUUCAACAUAUUUGUGUGUCAGAUUUCAAGUCAAUCCAAAGAUGUCUCAUAUCUUGGUUGUUAAGCAAAUAUUCCGAUACCUCAAAGGUAUAAAGAGUCUCCGAAUCUGGUACCCAUCAAAUGAGAGUUUUCUCCUUCAAGCAUAUUCCGAUUCGAACUAUGGUGGUCUUCAAUUGGAUAGAAAAAGCACAUCUGGUGGCUGUCAAGCUUUGGGUGGUCAUUUGGUUAGCUGGUCAUCUAAGAAGCAGAACUGUAUUGCACUCUCAACAGCUAAAGCGAAAUAUAUCGCAGCUUCUAGCUGA